UAAAGGUGGGUUGCAGCAAAGGCACGCGAGUUUAGGAACACAAAGAAAAGAAACUCAACACACAAACAACAACAACAAACAAAAAAAACCUCUCUUCUUCUUCUUUCACACCCAUUCUCAUUCAUACCACAACACCAAUCUUCUAUUCAAGAAAUUAGGGUUUCAUUAUCGAUCUCUCAGUUUAACUAAAAAGGGAUCGACUGAGAGGAACUGUUGUGGUAAAGGUCGGGCUGUCAAUUGAAAUUGGCAGCCCGAUUCUCUUCAACAUAAUUGAAGCAUCACAAACUUUGAUUCUGUUGCUUUGACAACUCACCCUUAUCAAUAACUUAAUCAGAACAGCUGGAUAUCAUAUCGAAGGUUCUGGUUGUCUGUCUUGGUUCCUUCAUAUUGACUGGUUGGUUCUCAAGUUGAAAGAAUUUUCAAUACUUUCUUGAAAGUUGUAUGUUGAGUAACCAGUUAAUUCAAACAUGGGUUCCCUCUCUGGAAUCCUUCAUCGACCACUAACUACAGCUGCUGCAGUUGCAAUUGCUACAGUCUCUGCCGACCUUCCAGAUAAAUUGCCGCCUCCAAAGCAAUCUGAGCCAUGUUUCUCUGAUGCCCGAUCGAGUACAUCAGCUUCUACUUCGGAGGAAUUUAAGUCAUGGGUAUCUGGCAUUUCCAUUUCCAACUCAACAAACUUUUCAUUUGCAACAAGAUUUAGAAUACCCACACCUAAGUUUCUUGUUCCUACUUCAAGUUUUCCAUCUAGUCAGUUUAGUUUAUUCUCUUCCUUCACUGCUUCACCUCCUGCACUUCUGUCAUUGUAUCAAUCAGCUGAAUUGUCCAAGGCUCCUAAAGCCAUAGAUUACAUAAACACUACACCUUUGCCACCUCCCGAAGGGAUGUACAGGUGGCAUUUGCCAGAGCCAAAGGCAUAUAAGGUUUCGGAAGAUGCAGAAUGUUCAUCAGCCAAGUCUCGAACAGUUGUAGUUUUGCUAGGAUGGUUAGGAGCUAAACAGAAGCACCUGAAAAGAUAUGCAGAUUGGUAUACUUCAAGGGGAUUUCAUGCAAUAACUUUCACUUUUCCCAUGGCUGAGAUACUUAACUAUCAGGUUGUUGGAAAAUCUGAUGAAAACAUAGAGUUGCUUGUCAACCAUCUAGCUGAUUGGCUAGAAGAAGAGGAAGGAAAAAAUCUAGUUUUUCAUACUUUUAGCAAUACUGGCUGGUUAACUUAUGGAGUUAUUCUUGAGAAGUUUCAGAAGCAGGAUCAAUCUUUAAUUGGAAGGAUUAGAGGUUGUGUUGUGGAUUCGGCUCCUGCUGCAGCUCCAGACCCACGGGUUUGGGCAUCAGGUUUCUCUGCCGCAUUUUUGAAAAAGCAAAGUGUUGCAACUAAAACUGCAUUCAGCGGUUCUGAUUCUGAGAAUGUUGUGGAACCCAGACCUGCAGUAACUGAAGCAGCUUUGCUAGUGGUUUUGGAGAAAUUCUUCGAGGUGGUUCUCAAUCUUCCCAAAAUUAACAGGAGGCUCUUGAAUGUUAUGAGUUUGUUAUCAGUAAAGCAACCAAAAUGCCCGCAGUUAUAUAUCUACAGCUCUGCAGACAAGGUUAUUCCAGCUAAAUCUGUAGAAUCUUUCAUUGAGGAACAACGUAAAUCUGGGAUAGAAGUCAGGGCUUGCGACUUUGUCUCGACGCCUCAUGUUGAUCAUUACCGUAACGAUCCUACCCUUUAUACUUCUCAACUCACCAACUUUCUUGAAGACUGUGUGCUCACUUGUUGCAAACAUUCUUCUUAAAUAGAAUUUUGAUUCCUUUUUUUUUGCACCAUUAAUUUAUACCUUUACAGAUUACAAAUAUAGAAAGAAAAAAAUUUCUCUGCUGUAACUUAUUCUUUUUAUUGUUGUAAAAACUAAAAAUUAACAGGAAGAAUGUUUCAUCCAUUUUUCCAACUAUUUUUUUUGGUUGUAACCAUUCUUACUUGCAAGCUAUCAAGUAGUGCAAGAAUACAUAAAAGUGAUUCA